AGCUCAUCGCCUCUGCAGAGAAGCAAACAAGCCUCUGCUACAGUGCAGCUGCCGGUGGUGUAAAAGAAGCUGAUUCAGCCCGCGGAGGCUAAGGGAGGGGUGUACAAGAGGAUUCCCAAAACCAAGCCAGCUCGCUGCCUCCUCAGGACUAAACCGGAGCAGCGUGGCCGCGGAAGGAGCGAGAGACACGCCGGAGGAGAGGGGUGGGAAAGAGCCCGGACUCCCAGCUGCGUCCCGGAUGCGGACUGUCAACUUCCAGCAACUUUGAGAUCUCUCUGCGGGUCGCCUAGCGAAGAUGCCUCGCCCGGGCAGAAACACUUACAGUGAUCAGAAGCCUCCCUACUCCUACAUCUCGCUGACCGCCAUGGCGAUCCAGAGCUCCCCGGAGAAGAUGCUGCCCCUGAGCGAGAUCUACAAGUUCAUCAUGGACCGCUUCCCCUACUACCGGGAGAACACACAGCGCUGGCAGAACUCCCUCCGCCACAACCUCUCCUUCAACGACUGCUUCAUCAAGAUCCCCCGCCGCCCCGACCAGCCGGGCAAGGGCAGCUUCUGGGCGCUGCACCCCAGCUGCGGGGACAUGUUCGAGAACGGCAGCUUCCUGCGCCGCCGCAAGCGCUUCAAGGUGGUCAAGUCGGACCAUCUGGCCCCCAGCAAGCCGGCGGACGCGGCGCAGUACCUGCAGCAGCAGGCGAAGCUGCGGCUCAGCGCCCUGGCGGCCACCGGCACCCACCUGCCCCAGAUGUCCACGUACAACCUCGGCGUGUCCCAGCCCUCCAGCUUCAAGCACCCCUUCGCCAUCGAGAACAUCAUCGCCAGAGAGUACAAGAUGCCCGGGGGCCUCGCCUUUUCCACGAUGCAGCCCAUGCCGGCCGCCUACCCCCUCCCCAAUCAGUUGACUACGGUGGGCAGCUCCAUUGGCACGGGCUGGCCCCACAUGUACAGCUCGGGCAUGAUCGACACCGCCACCCCCAUCUCCAUGGCCAGCAGCGAGUACGGCGCCUACGGCGUGCCCAUCAAGCCGCUCUGCCAUGGGGGGCAGACUUUGCCGGCCAUCCCCGUCCCCAUCAAGCCUACCCCCGCCGCGGUGCCAGCCCUGCCCGCCCUGCCCGCGCCCAUCCCCACCAUUCUCUCGAACUCGCCGCCCUCGCUCAGCCCCACGUCCUCGCAGACGGCCACCAGCCAAAGCAGCCCGGCCACCCCCAGCGAGACUCUGACCAGCCCGGCGCCCGCCCUGCACUCCGUGGCUGUGCACUGACCCGGGUCGCUCGCACGGACGCUGUCUUCCCCUUUCCCCCAAAGUUUCCUCGGAGGUCUUCUCCCUCCCCUUCUCUCCCUCCUUCCCCUUCUUUCCCCUCUCCUCUCUACUCUUUUCCUCGAAAGCAGAGACUUUCCCGCGGGAAACUGAGGUUUGCCGUUCGCGUGAGCUCCCUUUCUGCUUCGCCCCUCCA